AUGUUUAUCCUCUUUAACAGUACAAUUUUCAAUUUUAACAGAUUUUCUUCUUACAAUAGACUCAAGAGAUCAACAGCAUGGGUAUUAAGAUUCGUCAACCGCAGCCGACGCAAGAAUUCGCCUGUAGAACUUUAUGGGCUAAGCGCAUCCGAAGUCAACGCGGCCGAAAAAUUGCUAUGUCGCGUGGCGCAAGAAGCUACCUUUCCUGCGGAGAUCAAUGCACUACGAGUAGGACAACCGCUAGGUAGUGACAGUACGAUCAACAAUUUAGCACCGUUUAUUGACGACGAAAAAAUUUUACGCGUUGGUGGCCGUUUAGAAGCUGCUACUUGGCUUCCAUUCGAUUGCCUGCAUCCCAUAAUUUUACCAGAGAAGCACCAGCUUACUGUUCUAAUCGUUACCCAUUAUCACGAGCGAAUGAAACAUCAGUACUUUGAAGCAACAAUUGGGGAGAUUCGCCAGAAGUUCUGGAUCACCCGCAUGCGUCAAGUCUUAAGAAGCGUUGUCGCGAGUUGCAUAGUUUGCAGAGCUUCCCGUGCAAAACCCUCACCGCCGAUUAUGGGUAGACUGCCGAAGGAUCGCUUAACGCCAUACGUAAGACCAUUCAGCUACACGGGCAUAGACUACUUCGGCCCUUUGAAUGUAACUAUCGGCCGUCGAACUGAAAAACGAUGGAUCGCUCUGUUUACAUGCCUCACGGUGCGAGCUAUACAUUUGGAGGUAGCAGCUGAUUUGUCAACGGAUUCGUGUAUUCUUACCAUCAGAAAUUUUAUCAAUCGGCGUGGCGUCCCAGUCCGAAUGCGCAGCGAUAACGGAAAGAACUUCGUUGGCGUCAAGGAAGAAGCAAAACGCUUCGAUGAGGUGUUUGACUGUGAGCAAAUACAGACCGAAUUAUCUAAACGAGGAAUUGAUUGGGUGUUUAAUUGCCCUGAUAACCCAUCGGAAGGUGGAGUGUGGGAACGCAUGGUGCAAUGCGUUAAACGUGUCCUCCGUCACACCUUGAAGGAAAUCGCGCCACGUGAGCAUACAUUGCAGAGCGUCUUGAUUGAGGCCGAGAAUAUAGUGAACUCUCGGCCACUUACACAUUUGCCGAUAUCAGUGGACCAAGACGAACCGCUUACGCCAAACCAUUUUUUACUGGGUACCGCCAAUACAGCGCAAACGCCUUCUAGAAACGCUUCGGAAGAGCGAACGUGUGCCCUUCGUAAACAGUGGCGAAUUGCUCGGCAGCUUCGCAAUAGGUUUUGGAAGAGGUGGAUAAUGGAGUAUUUACCUACGUUAACGCGAAGAACCAAGUGGUGCGAGAAGACGAAAGCAUUGGAAGUGGGUGACGUGGUGUUUAUAUGCGACGUUAAUACCCCGCGACGACAAUGGUGCCGUGGUGUGGUGGAGCGUGUUUUCUCUGGAGUGGAUGGUGUAAUUCGGCGCGCGGACGUCAGGACUAGCUCUGGUGUAGUACGUCGUCCUUCUUCAAAGCUGGCCGUUUUGGACGUACGUAGUGGUGAAUCUGAGUGA